AUGCCGCGCAAUUGCAAACCCCCGUUGUGUCAACGGAGGGAGCAAGAGGAACGCAGACAACGCGAGGAAGCCAGGAAAUCCCAGAAAAACGGGCCGUUACGGGCAACACGCCAGCGGUCCAUUCCGUCCACUGGACCUGCCUUGGGCGAAGAACCCGCUACGGCUAAAGACCUAGGCAGCGGCGGCUCCCGGGACAGCAAGGCCGGGCCCGAAGACGACAUCCAGGACAGCUUGAUGAGAUUAACCAUUACUGACACACAAUCGGAGCGAGCACAGCCACUCAACACUCCUCCCACGCCCAACAAGCCCCCAGAAGGGUCUACCGCAUCGGACUUGUCCUUGACUACUGCCGCUGCCGGUGUCUCGGGGUCCCAGAAGCUGCCGAAGGCCGUUGAUCGCCGCCGCCGCCGCAAAACUAACAACCAGGGCGGUCACCGCAUCGGCAAUGGUUCUGGCCCUUCCGGUGACCGUCGACGUCCGACAACAAAACGGAACAAGAACGCCAAACGUCGUCUUGGCGCAGGGAGUCAUUCCGGUCGUCAGAAGGGUGGCAGGGACUCGACAAGACCGACCAUGAGCCUUCAGCCGCUCUCACCAAAGGCACUGUAA